AUGCUUGAUAUUGCUCUGUUUGCUGAUACCUUGACCGAAAUAUUACGACAGCAACUUGACAACAGCAACCGGAUCAAUUUCCCCCUGGACAAAGCAUUCCAUUUCGACAAUCGCAUAUGCUAUGUGCUGUGCCUUUGUCCCCAUGUCGAAUUCAGCUCAAAGCAAGCGGAGGAAGAGUUCACCAAUUACCUACAACUGUCAAAGCGUCCCACGGCCAUCGACAACAUCGAUGAUGAGAUGCAGAAAAUGCCUAUGGACGGCAGCAGUAGUGUUAGUGUUAGUAGUAUCAGUAAUGGCGCUCUUCAACGAUUGAUGUCGUCUAGCCGAAGGCAGGAUGAGCUACAUAGAGGAUUUUAUGCCGAUAUGAUCAAGCGUUACAACGGCAGUGGAAGCGAUACUUGGACUCGAUUCUUUAAUGACAUCAAGGCUAACUCGAGCAAAUUGCGAUUUACUUACGGUGUUCAUCACCGAUACAAGUCAAUUAGCUAA